GCUGUCAUGGCGGCGGCGGCGGCGGCGGAGGGGACGGAGGCUGAGGCCGGGGCUGAGGGGUCCGAGGCCGGCGCUGAGGGGUCCGAGGCCGGCGCUGAGGAGGGGGACGGUGACGAGGAGGCGCUGAAGAGGCUGGAGGAGCUGGUGACGGAGCUGCACCGCUUCCGGGACCGCCUGCCCUUGACCUCUGACCCCAAGGGUGACCCCAAUGACCCGAAAGGGGAGCCUAAAAGUGACACUAAAGGUGACCACGAGGCCACGUUGGAGCAGGAGAUGGAGAAGACGCUUCGCUUGAUGGAGGAGGUGCACGUGUCCCAACAGGGCCGUGGCCGUGCUCUGGUGCUGCGGGCGGAAGCUUUAGGGGUCUGCCCCACUGCUGCCCCCCAAGUGGAACAGACCCUGAGCCGGGCGGUCAAGCUCGAUCCGGGUUUAGCGUCCGCUUGGAUCCGCUUGGGAGAGCUCAAAUGGGGCCAGGGGGACCUGGAAGGAGCCAGGGCUUGUUUCAUGGGAGCGCUGGCACAUGGGGCGGAGCCUCGGGCGCACCGGCUGCUGUCCGUGGUGCUGAGGGCCGGCGGCGCGGGGGGGGGCCCUGCGCGAGAGCUGGCCCAGGCCGAGGCCGCCGUCCGCUGCGACCCCCGCGACGGGGCCUCCUGGUAUGUGCUGGGCAAUGCCUACGUGUCGCUGUUCUUCGCUGGGGGGCAGAGCCCCGAGGCCGCGCGUCGGGCCCUGGGCGCCUACGCACAGGCCGAACGCGUGGACCCAGAAGCAGCCAAUAACCCGGACCUGCACCUCAACCGCGCCACUCUGCUGCAGUACGAGGAGCGCUUCGGGGCGGCGCUGGAGGGGCUGAGCCGGGCGGCGGCGCUCGCGCCGGGGUGGGCGGAGCCUCGGCGGCGCCACGCCCACCUGCUCGACUUCCUGUCCCGCCUCUGCGCAGCGCUGGCCAAUCGGCCGCCCCCCCGCGGGAAGCGCCGCCGGAGCCGCGCGGAGCCCGCGGAGCCCCCCCCCUGCUCCCCGCCCCUCCCCGCGCUCAGCCCCGCCCCCCUGAGCGAGCUCCGCCCCGGGCCCAACCCCCGCCGCGCUCUGAUUGGCCGCGUCCUGUUCACGUGCUCCCCGGAGGGGCGUGUCCCAUACGCCGUGGGAUUGGCUGACGGCGCCGGGGGCGUGGCCGCGCUCACCGUCUACAACGCGGCUCCUGAUUGGGGCGUGGCCGUGGGUGACGCGGUGGCCGUGCCGCGGCCCUGCCUCAAGCACCACGUGCACCAGCACCAUGGACAGACGUUCUCCUUCGCGGGGGUGCGGGUUCCGUCGCCGCUCUCACUCGUCAUCAACGGGCGCCGCCCCCCGGGCUCCGCGCUGGCCCCUGCGCGCCUCCUGCUGCGCGCUGACCCCGCGCCGGCUCCGCCCCCCGCGCCCUGACCAAUCAGCGGCCGCCGUCGCCGCGCUCCGGCGCAGGCUCCGCCUCAAGGGGGCGAUGGCAGGCGCCGUGUUGGGCGGCGGGAGCGUGGGCGCCGCCAUCUUGGGCGAGACGGUGGAGGAGGAGGCGGCCAUCUUGGAGCAAGCCGCGGGCUCUGUGGAGGGCGCCAUGCUGGGUGGCUCCAUGGGGGCCGCCAUCUUGGGGGAGGUAUUCGUACUCCAAUAAAGACACCGUUUUGA